GAUUGACGAAUGGCUUUGCACAUCCAGAACCAGGAAGCGACCACCAAACAGCGCACCCUUCCCACCACGCACCGGCUCCUAGACAAUUCCGAUCGCUCGGUUCAGACAAGACUCAAACCAGGCGAAAGACCAGGAGUCGGGAUUCCCGACUUACGCUGUUAGCGGUAGCGCAAAACCUUUUUAGGUUGCCCCCGAACCUGAAUCAGCAACCAAACCCACGCAACUGCGACCAGUCACCCUCCUCCACUUCACUCCCAGACGAAAACACACCGCUGCCCACCAUGUCCAAUACCGACUUCCUUGAUCGCGCAAUCAAACAAGUCCGCCUUGCCAUCGAUGCCGACAAUGCCGGGCACUACGAAAAGGCUUACCAGCUCUACUACCAAUCCCUUGAGCUCUUCAUGCUGGCCCUAAAAUGGGAGAAGAACCCCAAGUCCAAAGAUAUGAUCCGAGCCAAGACAGCCGAGUACAUGGACCGGGCCGAGAAGCUCAAAGCGCACCUCGCUGACGCCGAAGGCAAGCGCAAGAAGCCCGGGAUGGUGGGUGCUAACGGCACUUCGACGAGCGGCACGGGCAAGGGCAAGGAGGCGGGCGAGGAUGGGCCGGAGCUCGACGAGGACAGCAAGAAGCUGCGUAGCGCGCUGGCGGGGGCCAUUUUGCAGGAGCGGCCGAAUGUGAGCUGGGAUGAUGUGGCGGGGUUAGAGGGCGCAAAGGAGGCGCUCAAGGAGGCCGUUUUGUUGCCGAUCAAGUUCCCGCACCUCUUUCAAGGGAAAAGGCAGCCGUGGAAGGGGAUUUUGCUUUACGGGCCGCCGGGCACGGGCAAGAGUUACUUGGCCAAGGCGGUCGCGACGGAGGCAAAGAGCACGUUCUUCAGUGUGAGCAGUUCGGAUCUGGUGAGCAAGUGGAUGGGUGAGAGCGAAAGGCUAGUCCGCCAGCUCUUCGCCAUGGCCCGCGAGAACAAACCCUCCAUCAUCUUCAUCGACGAGAUCGACGCGCUGUGCGGGCCCCGCGGAGAAGGCGAAUCCGAAGCCUCGCGCCGAAUAAAAACUGAAAUGCUCGUUCAAAUGGACGGCGUAGGCAAAGACAGCAAGGGCGUCCUCAUCCUGGGCGCCACCAACAUCCCCUGGCAGCUCGACGCCGCCAUCCGUCGCCGUUUCCAGCGGCGCGUGCACAUCAGCCUGCCCGACCUAGCCGCGAGGACGACCAUGUUCAAACUCGCAGUGGGCGACACCCCUACGGCGCUAAAAUCAGAGGACUUCCGCGAGCUGGCCAUAGCGGCAGAGGGAUACUCCGGGUCGGACAUUAGUAUCGUGGUACAGGACGCGCUGAUGCAGCCCGUGAGGAAAAUCCAGCAAGCGACACACUUCAAGAGGGUAACGGUUGACGGCAAACAAAAACUCACACCCUGUUCACCAGGCGACCCGGAUGCCGAGGAGAUGACAUGGGAAAAGGUGCGCUCGGAGGAGCUGCUCGAGCCGAUGGUGGAGAAGAAGGACUUCAUCAGGGCCAUCAAGGCCAGCAGGCCAACUGUAUCGCAAGUCGACCUCGAGAAGAACGAGGAGUGGACCAAGGAGUUUGGUAGCGAGGGAGCAUGAACUGUAUGGCGAAGUCAGAGGUGUUAUCGAUUCUGCGGGACGAGAUAAUGUUCUUACGGAUAUGAGUAGCCGGCGUGUGGCGUUGUUUGGGAUCUUGGCUCAGCAUUUGGCAUGGUUAGCAGCCUAGUUCGCUGGUACUAUGAUGUUGCCCGAUGCCUAUUCCCGGGCCGCUGUGGUCCGUAUGCUUCAUCGGCAUGGCUUCUACCAGGGAAGACUCCACGGCAUUGGAUCCGACUAAGUAGAUAGACUUCUACCUCGUUUCCAUUCCAUUUGAGGGUAUGAUACAUCCCAUUGAACAAUAAGCCAUCUAGACAC